GUCCCUGACGGCCACCACUACCUGCUUCUCAUAUCGCCUGCAGUCUUGCCAUCAUGUCUAUGGAGGAGAGCAUCAGUUUGGAGGAGACCAAUAAGAUCCGUAUCUCUUUGGGUCUCAAGCCUCUCACCGACGACAGCACCCCCGCCAAUGACAAGGAGAAGGAGGCUGAGGAUAACUACGCGAAGAAGCGUGAAGCAGAACUCAAGGCGAAGGAGUCGAAGGCCGUCCAGGACCGCUUAGCGAAGGUAAGAAACAAGCGGGAACUCAAUGCAAAGCUCAAAGGUUCGACUCUCGGUGACGUCGACGCGGAUGUAGACGAUACCCUGAAAUGGAUCAAGAAGAGUAAGAAGCGGGAGAAAGAGCUGGCCAAAAAGCGGCAGGAGGAGCUUGAGGACAUGGACAAACAGUUCCAAGACGAGUACGGCGAGAAGGACCUCGCAGGCCUCAAAGUUAGCCACGACUUCGAUGGUUUGGAGGAGGGAGAGGCCCGUAUUCUUACGUUGAAGGAUAGUCGCGUCCUCGAUAAUGAAGAGGACGAGCUCCAGAAUGUGGAGAUGGCAGAACGAGAGAAAGAGGAGAAGAAUAAGGAGCUGAAGAUCAAACGGCGAGAUUAUACUGGUUAUGACGACGAGGAAUUCGCUCCCGGUCAAGCUGGUAUGAAGCGGGCUGUUCUCGCCAAAUAUGACGAGUUCCUGGAAGGAUCGAAGGAAAGCGAUUUCCGCCUCGGCAGCUCUUCCGCAGUAUCGCGCGAGAAGAGGGACAAGAGGGACGAGCCGACCUCGAUGUCUGUGAACAAAACAAUGCUAUCGAUAGACUAUGCCAAGAACAUCGAAUCUGCGGACUACCUCCAACCAGGAGAUGUUGGGUUCAAGAAACCUAAGACGAAGAAGAAACGUUCGACACGCCGUGCGGCCGUAGAAGAUUCGGACAUCCCGCCCGCAAACGGCGAAGAUCAGAUGCAGGUAGACGAGAAGCCGAUUGUCCCUCGACAGCGUAAUCUCGACGCCAAUUUCGUAGAUGACGACGAGCUUCAAGCCGCUCUGGCGCGUUCGCGGCGCGCAAAACUCCAGAGGCCAAAGAAGUUGUCGCCAGAAGAAAUCGCGGCUAAGAUUGCAGCGGAACGCGAGAAUUCUUUGGCUAGGGAGGUGAUCGAUGUCGACGACGCGCAAGAGGACGAGGGUGGCAUAACCAUUGACGACACCUCUGAGUUCGUCCGCGCCAUCACCUACGACCCCACGCCGGUCAAGAGGGAGCCCACAGAGGCAUCGUUGAAGCGUGCAAUAUCUCAGGAACCUUCCCGACAAGCAUCGGCAGGACCAUCGAAAGCCGAAGUAGUCGAUGACCCUAUGGAGGAAAUCGAAGCCGGCGAGGUUGUCGUCAAGGAGGAGGAAGACGAGGAAGCGAUCCUCAACGCCAUCGAGAACGCCAUCCGCGAGACGGAGGCAGCCGAAAAGGCGGCCCAAGAGUCCGGCGAGCCCGUGGGCACCGCCUCUGAGCAGACGUUCGGGGCCGGCAUGGCCGCGACGCUCACCAUCUUGCGGCAGCAGGGUGUGCUCGCGCAGCCGAACGCGGACCUGCGCGACCGCGAGCGCACGCAGUUGCAGCGCGACGUGUGGCUGGCGGAGUAUCGGCGGAUCCAGGCGCAGCGCGAGCUCGAGCGCACGGCGAAGCGCGGGGGAAACAAGGACCAGGCGACGCGCGAGUACGAGAACCGGGUGCGCGAGCAGCAGGAGGCGCGGCAGAUGCUCGAGGCGUUCCGCGACUACAAGCCGGACGUGAACAUCGUUUACCACGACGAGUUCGGGCGCGAGCUCACGCCGAAGGAGGCGUGGAAGGCGCUCUCGCACAAGUUCCACGGCAAGGGCUCCGGCAAGGCGAAGACGGAGAAGCGCCUGAAGAAGAUCGCGGAGGAGCGCAAGAAAGAGGCGAUGGCGAGCGGCGACACCCCGCUCAGCAUGAACCAGGCGUUCCAGAAGCGCCAGGAGAAGACCGGCCAGGCGCACUUUGUGCUCUCCGUAGGCAACAGAGGCGCUGUCCCGCAAUUCGGAGACUUCCUCGACAGCCAACCGCUCACGAAGGGCAAGACGGAGAAGAAGAAAGAGAAGAAGAAGUCGGACAAGGGCGCGACGCCGCAGCUCGACUCGACGGGCUUCAUGACGCUGCCCGCGCCCGUGCUCAACAACGGCAGCCCGGUGGGGACGACGAGCAACGGCUCGCCCGCACCGCGCCCUGGGUUCUCCCGCAUCGCAUCCGUGGUGGAGUCCGACACGCCGAAGGAGUCCACGCCGGUCCCGUCGGAGAGGUUGCGGGUGGCCUUCGGGCUGGGUACGAAGAGGAAGGCGACGGGGGAGGCGACGGACUCGCCGCCGCCCAAGAGGCGGUAAUCGCUUGCCUACACCCUCUCACUGUAGCUUAAUCUCCCCGACCCACUUGUCUCUCGCUCGGCGGCCCUUCAGCUUCUCCCGAGUCUUCUUCGACACUCUCCCGGCAGCUAUAUGCGAGGAGAUGCUAGAGAUACACAGUAAAUAUAAGUUACAGCGCAUGUACACUACACGGACGGUUCAAUGAUAGCAUGUAAUAUGGGUAUACCGCGAGAGAGACAGGCUCGACUCAGAGCAUGCCUACACUUCUAAGCCCGAGGUCCUUCGUGACUGCACAACGGUCCUUGUCGCGACCCGUUGCGCUCUCGAACGCUUUCAUCAGGCUCGCCUGGCCGUCAUCCGUCCAUUCUACAGGAUGUGCAUCCUUUUCCAAUACGACCUUGAUCGUCGCCCACGAAAACCGCGCGAGAGCAGGGUACCCGAACGUAGGCUCCAACGACUGUUUGAUCCACGCCUGCGUCUUCGGGUCUGAAGGAUAUCCACUCCCCAUCUCCUCCACCCACUUCCCCUCGUCUACCUUCUCCUUACCGCCCCCUUGGGAAAAGUACUUCGACGUGAGGCCGGCGCAGCGCUCCUCGUACACCCAGCCCUCGAUCCACGCGUCGCGCGUGACCUUGGCCGCGACGCUCGCCGCGCCGACGAUCUUGUACUUCUGGUCCGCCUUCG